CUCCGGGCUCUGCUCCUGCCAGGCGGCCCGAGCUGCCCCCCGGCCCCUCAGCAUGGACUCGGACUCCGCGGAGCUCAGCGAAGGCGAGCUGGUCUCGCCCGCAGGUCCUGAUUAUUUCAGCUCCAAGAAUCUUGCGCUGCAAGCCCAGAAAAAGAUCCUGAGUAAAAUGGCAACCAAAACCAUGGCUAACAUGCUGAUUGAUGACACAAGCAGUGAAAUCUUCGACGAGCUGUACAAAGUAACAAAGGAACACACCAGAAACAAAAAAGAAGCCCAUAAAAUCAUGAAAGACCUGAUCAAAGUGGCAAUAAAAAUCGGGAUCCUCUAUCGAAACAACCAGUUCAACCAGGAAGAGCUGGAGAUCGUAGACAAGUUCAGGAAGAAGCUGAACCAAACUGCCAUGACAAUAGUCAGCUUCUACGAGGUGGAGUACACUUUUGACAGGAACGUGCUGGCAGAACUGCUGAACGAGUGCAAAGAGCUGGUGCACGAACUCGUGGGGCGGCACCUGACAGCGCGGUCCCACGGGCGCAUCAACCACGUCUUCAACCACUUUGCAGACGUGGAGUUCCUGUCGGCCCUGUACAGCCUGGACGGGGACUGCCGGCCCUACCUCAAAAAGAUCUGCAACGGCAUCAACAAACUGCUCGAUGAGAAGGUUCUUUGAAACUCUGCUCAAAGGCAAGAAACCAACCAAAAACUUCUCUCUAGAACUGGCCACCCUUCAUAAGCCAUGGUAGGCAAGCAAGCUUCCUUCCCAUCAGUCUUACUACAGUUCCCAGCAGGGCCCAGAAGGUGCUCACCAGGCUCACGGUGAACUGGAAAACUUAAAUCAGAAAGCUAUGGAUUUUAAUGUUCUGUUCAUAUAAUUCAGUCUCUUUCAAGGAGCAGAGUGAACAAGGCUGCUGCUAUAUAUUGUUCAGACACAGAUUGCUAUUCACCGUGAUCUCGCCAGCUUUGUGUUCAAGGCUGAACAUGUGAACAGAAAGUAAACUCAGAUGCAUGGCUAUGUAAAAAUAGACAGAUAAAGGCAAGAGCAAUGCAUGGAAUUUACCCCCAAGGCCCUUGGUAUGUAUAUUUUUAUUAUU